AUGCAGUCGCUCCCCGACUCUCGUGCCCAAACCUACGAGGAGCUCUACGGCCCUCCGGAGAACUUCCUCGAGAUCGAGGUUCGCAACCCGCAAACCCACGGCACCGGGCGGGGCAUGUACACGACGUACGAGAUCAGCAUGAAGACCAACAUCCCGGCCUUCAAGCUCAAGCAGUCCUCGGUGCGGCGGCGCUAUUCGGACUUUGAGGCCUUCCGCGACAUCCUCGAACGCGAGUCUGCCCGUGUCACCAUCCCCCCGCUCCCCGGCAAGGUCUUCACCAACCGCUUCUCCGACGACGUCAUCGAGCACCGUCGCGAAGGCCUGCAGCGCUUCCUGCAGAUUGUCGUCGGCCACCCGCUCUUGCAGACGGGGAGCAAGGUCCUGGCCGCGUUUGUCCAAGAUCCAAACUGGGACCGCAACCAGUGGUGA